CUUUAACUUUUAAAGUAAACUUCUUUUUCAUUUCUUUUUUUUUUUCAAAUAUGAUCUCUCCACUCUUUGUAUGUGUGUCUUAUGGCGUAUGGAUAUUUUUGAUUCCAUUCUUGUUAUAUAGUUCAUAUAUAGGUGACAUCCUUUCACAACUGGCUUAUUUCUUUCAUGUGGAUUUUUAUGUUAGCAAAUUAGAGCCUGUUGUAUUAUGCUUGGGUUUAAUCACAUUCUAUUGUUUUGUGUUGAUGGGAUUUGUAUUUGAUUUAAUUCGAUCUUUACGCAGACAAAAUGAUGUGUCACACUUGAAUGCAGCAUUCUUAUUUCGCUUUGAAAAAGCUUAUGCUGAAUUACGGCAAUUGUUUCCUCCUUUUGUUGUUUCUUGUGGUCUUUUGUAUGUUAAUACAACACGAUUUGAUACACUUCGAAACAGGUGAAUAGAAUGAUAUCAAUGUGUUUACUGACUCAUGUCCCACUAGUUUGAUGGUACUAGAAACCCUUUUUUUACUGAUUCAGCCCAUUGCUUCUAUGUGUCCUCAUAGACACCCAGGACUUUUAUGUCAAUACGGAUUUCGUUCUGUCUUGUUUUGGUCCUUAAUCUAUGGUCUCUUUCCUCGAGAAACACUCCAUGUGAUAGCAGACAUAUCACAUACACUCACGUAUUAUAUGGGAGUCAAUACCUCUUACUACCCACACUCUCCUCACUAUCCCUCCAUGACUUAUCGAGCAGGAUCAAGUCCAGCAUGGAUACUAUAAAGUUUUUUUUUUUUUAUUCUAAGCAGAUUUCUUUUUGUCAGCAUCUAAUAAAGACACUGGUAU